AUGCCUCCCGUCGUUGUCGACCGCAGGCAAGUCCUGCCCACCAGUAUCCCUGGAUAUAAGCUGGCAAAUAUCUCGGAGCCACCGGACCCGCGGAAUCCGAAACCCCAGCUGGGCAGGUUGUCUGUCGCAGAUCUACAGAUGAUGCUGCUCGCCCUUAUGUGUCUGGUGAGACCGGCAGACAAGCCGUCACUCUCGAUAGCUAGUAGAUUGGAUCUGCUCCCAGCUAUAGCUUCGAUCCUAGUCGCGGGCCUUGCUGCCCUCUUUACUGGCUUAAAGCGAAACAAGUCCGGCACACCAACCUUCUAUCUCCAUGUCGCGUACGCCAUUCUGCGCAAGGCGAGCGCUCGCCUCUCUCCAUUACAGUUGCAAUGGAUAUCCCCUUCUACGGAAAAAGUGUAUAAGCAAUAUAUGCAGUCGCACGGGGCUGUGUCCCAAUCAAUAGAACUGGAGUAUGAUGCGAAGGGCCAUUGGAUUGGAGACAAGCAUGCACAGAAUGUAUUGAUCUGGUACCAUGGAGGAGGUUUCUGUCUACCUGCCAACAUUGGCUACUUUAAAUUCUGGGAAAGUCUCAUUCAGAGUUCGUCCGCUGCGAGCAAGGACCUUGCAGUGUUCGCGGUCGCAUACACACUAGCUCCAAACGCGCAGUAUCCAAUGCAGCUUAUUCAAUCAGUCGAAGCAUUGCGAUACAUUCUAACCAGAACUAAUCGUGCCCCGGCCAAUGUUAUGCUAGGUGGUGACUCUGCGGGCCGCAACCUGGCCGUUGGUGUUCUCUCGCACCUGACAUCGCCUCAUGAAGCAAUAGCCAAACUGGAUUUUCAGGAGCCACUGGCGGGGACCGUCCUCAUUGCACCAUGGACAUCCCUUGAUGUGAGAGCAGACACAGAAUUUAACUGUCUCGGUGACGUGAUUACGCCAGACGUUGCCAAACCCUGGUGCCAAGCGUAUCUAGGAAGUGCGAAGCAUGAUUGCUACACCGACGCCAGCACAGCUCCUUCAGGCUGGUUUCAACAUUUUAAAACACAGGAAAUUCUGGUUCUAGCAGGGCAAAAUGAAAUUAUGUUGUCUUCAAUUCGACAGUUCGUGGAGAAAGUCAAGGUGAGCGCAACUCUUGUCAACAGAGAGGACAAGCUGACAAUGCAGACUGGCUUCCCUUCUGUUGAACUAUUUGUUGGGCGUCAGGAAGGUCAUGUGGCCCCUAUAUACAAUCUGUAUGUGGGAGAUAAUGAGGAAACACAACAGGAGAAGAGAUUGAAAGCCUGGCUGAGAGAGCUCCUCUGA